CAUUAGUGUUGACACUCAAAAAAUCCACAAAUUGCGAGAAUUGAAGUGAGUCAAAAGCCGUGCAUUUUACUUUUGUGUGUGUGUUGGCUUCAGCUAAUGGCUUCUCUCGACACCGAUGUCACCAUGGUUCCGGUCGGCGGUGACGGCUCAGGCGCCGCUGGACCAUCGUCCUCCACCGCCUCAACAUCGUCUUCCUCCAAGAAGGCCAAGCGAUUCGAAAUCAAGAAGUGGAACGCCGUCGCUCUUUGGGCUUGGGAUAUUGUUGUGGAUAACUGUGCGAUUUGCAGGAACCAUAUCAUGGAUCUCUGUAUUGAGUGCCAAGCCAACCAAGCUAGUGCCACAAGCGAGGAAUGUACCGUCGCUUGGGUUGGUUUCCAUUCCUUCAGGGGUUUGCAACCAUGCAUUCCACUUCCACUGCAUCAGCCGUUGGCUCAAGACACGUCAAGUGUGUCCAUUGGAUAACAGCGAGUGGGAGUUUCAGAAGUAUGGCCACUAGAUGCUUUGUGCAAGUGAACAGCUGGUCCUCUCGCUUUCUUCUUGUUUCUCUUUGUGCGAACUUUGAUCCCGGAAAUCCUUUAUAAUAAUUGUAAUAUUGUAACCAAGAAUUCCAGAUUGGAUAUGCAAAUCGGUGCAAUAUGUAGUUUCAUGAUCUUCUGCCAGGAAACAUCAUUGCACAUAUUUUUUGGUGGGUGAACAUCUUCCUUAAUAUGCUAUUCUUGUUUUGCUUAUCUGGUGGUUGUAAAUUUGGAUUUGUAAUAUCCUAACAACAUUGAGGUAAUGUUGGUUUACUCUGCAAAGUUUGAGUCUCUUUUGAA